AUGGCUAUGCAAGACUUUGGAACAUUCGUAUGCCAUCCCAAACCCCAUGUUCUUCACUCCCAAGAGAGUUCCGCUGGAGCCCACGCCACCCCAAACCCCAUCGUUCGCAGCGCCGCCAUUGUUCCCACUCCACCGGGUGACCUCCUGGCGCGGCGGCGACGUGCGGCGCCCAUGGAGCUGCGCCCGGCGGCGAAGAAGCCACUGCUGCCCAAGGCCACCAAGGAUAAAACCUUGCCGCCCCUGUGGCUGAACCCGAGGGGGGUGACCUAUGGGCAGGACAAGGGCUGGAGCUCCUUCAGCGAAGGAUCUGCUGGGGGCUCACUGGCCUUGUUGAUCUCAGCGGCCAUCGGCACAGGUGUCCUAGCGCUGCCCUAUGGCGUGAGCUGCGUGGGCAUUUGGGGCUCCUUGGCACUCUUCGCCUUCGCCGGGGUCUUCACUUAUUACUCCAACACCAUCUUGUUCGAUUGCGUCUUGGAGACGAGCCAUGGCUCCUAUGGCCAGCUGAUGUCGGACAUCUUGGGGAAAUACGGAGGCAUGACCUUGGACCUUUUUGUCUUCGUGGAGGGCUUGGGGGCAGUCGCCACCUACGUGGUCUUCAUCAUGGACUAUGUGCCCCAGGUGUGUGAGCUCUGGGGUGAGGAUGUUUGGUGCACCGAUAAGCUCAACGUCUUAGCGGCCGCGACGCUGGUGAUUUGGCCUUUGAGCUGUUUGAAGGGCUUGUCUGCCUUGCGGUACACCUCUACCUGCAGCAUCGCCACCAUCGUCUUCACCUGCCUGGUGGUCUUCUUCAAGGCUCCCAGCCACUUCGCGGCCCAGGAGGCGACCCUACAGCAGGUGCUCUCGCAGGCUCGUUGGAAUCGCUCCAGCUUUCAGGUGCUGUCGAUGGCGUGCUUUGCCUUCAUGACACACACCAACUCCCCAGAGAUCGCCCUGCGCUUCGCCGGCGGCCCAUCAGCGGCGAAGCAGGUGCUCCGUGCGCAGACGGCGGUGCUGUGGGCAGUCUAUUGCGGAAUUGCUGUGUGCGGCUACCUCUCCUUUUUGGAAGACACCAAGCAAGACUUCCUGACGAACUACGAUGUUCAAGACAAGCUCAUUGUGAUGUGCCGAUGUUUGCUCUCAGUGACGCUGGUCUUCGCUUGCCCGCUGAACAUGUUCCCGGCAGUGCAGGCGUUGUUCAACGUUUUGGAACACUUCCGCCCGCCGCAUCGACAUCACGAGGGGCUCUAUGAGAACGAUCUGGUGCGGGUGCCGGUGAGCACCUUGGCCUUUGCCAUCACCUUGGGGGUGGCCUUGAAGUCGCCACAUGUGGCCGAUCUCAUCUCGACCAUCAGCGCCUACUUCUCCUCGCCCUUGAUGUUCGCCUUCCCCGCGGUGAUGCACUGGAAGAUCUUGAGGCGAACCAGCAACACCUUACCGGUGCUCUUGCUGAGCAUCACUGUCCACGCGGCGCAACGAAGGAGGUCCAAGCUCAGCAAGGCACCGAUGGCACGGACCACGGAAGUGACAGCGCUCGGCUCGGACACGGCGAGGGCCCUGGGGAAGCCGCGGACGGUGCGGAGGGCGGAGGCCGAUGCGGCGGAAGGCGAGUUCGCCAAGCCUUUCCCCUUCUCCGCGGUGGUGGGCCGAGGGACCCAGUGGACUCGAGAGCGAAGUGGACUGCUGAGAGGGUCAGGGGCGUCAGGGAUGCUGAAGGAGACCCUGCCAGGCCAAGAAGAGAUCAAGUUGGCGCUCCUCCUGAACCUGGCGUUUCAAUCCCAGACCUUCUCCAGACGCUUCGCCGAUGCGGAACCGCGCGCGGGCCGCCAGGUGGACCCUUCCAUCGGUGGCGUCAUGAUCUCCGGUGACCGGGGAACAGGCAAGUCGACCACGGUGCGUGGUAUGGCAGGGGGACCUGAGAAGCGAGAGGGGAAGGUCCGGCUCUUGCCCAACAUCGACGUGGCCCGGCACCUCAGCCGCCCGCGGAGAGGCGUGGAGAGCGAUCCCUACAACUCCUCCGCAGAGGAUGUGUCCCUCAUGAGCGAAGAGGUACAGGAGCGCGUGGAGAAGGGGGAGAAGUUGAAGGUCACCCAGAAGUGGUUUCCCUAUGUGCGCUGUCAUCCUGUGCCGGAUACAGCUCCGGAAAGGCGCACACCCUUUGUGGAGCUGCCCCUGGGCGCCACCGAGGACGAGCCUGGUGUACCCACCUUGGUGGAGUUCGACCGUGUCACGGGCACCAUCGACAUCGAACGUGCACUGAAGGAAGCUGGCAAGGCGUUUGAGCCUGGGAUCUUGGCACGUGUGAACCGUGGCAUCCUCUACAUCGAUGAGGCGAUGAUGUGGGCGCUCUUGGGCGGUGGGACCGAGCUGUGCAACCUGCUGGAUGACCAGUUGGUGGACGUCUUGCUGGACAGUGCGGCGGGUGGCGUGAACACCGUGGAGCGUGAGGGUGUCAGCGUACGGCACCCGGCGCGCUUCGUGCUGAUCGGCACCUCCCACCCGGAUGAGGGCGACUUGAGGCCGCAGCUCUUGGAUCGCUUUGGCCUCACCUGCAGCAUCCGCACCGCGCUGGCCGCCGACCGCCGGAAAGAGGUGCUGUCGAGGGCCUAUGAGUGGUCGCAGAACCCCGAGAAGAUCGAAGCACAAUGGGCCUCGACGGACCGAAACCAGAAGUGCGCGCAAACCAGAGGAAGUGCGAGGAAGAAUGUGAAGAUGCCCCGAGAGUUGGCCUUGGUGAUCUCCAAAAUCUGCUCCAAGCUUUGGAGCCCAGUUCGGGCUCAACGUCGAUGGACUCCGCGGCGACAUCGUCACCAACCGAGCGGCGUGUCUCGGGCCGAAGGGAACGUGGCGAAGGGACGAGCGUGGCGAGAGCGGACGCGCGCUUUGGCAGCCCUGGAAAAGCGAACGGAGGUCACUGAAGAGGACGUGCGCCGUGUCACCGUGCUGUGCCUGCAGCACCGGCUGCGGAAGGAUGUGGUCUCCGACACCUUGGACAACACCGCCUUAGUGGUGAAGGCCCAACGGCCGGCUUUGGCAGGUGGAAAGACCCGGGGAGGAAACACCAUUUCACCAGUUCACAUCUCGCUCCUCACAGCACGACGAAACUUUCCGUGCGGGUACAGACGGAGACAGGCCCUCUUGCAGGAGAUGGGCAAGGGACCACCGCCCAUUCGCCCCGUGAUGAAGUUCCUCGAGUCGAGCUACGAGAACGUGGUCUCCUCGGAGGAUCCGCAGAUCGUGGCAGACGGCGCGAAGAUCACCUUCGCUGCCGAGGCGUUCCUGGACCAGUCUCGGUCCGUGGGCUUCAAAGCACCGGAUGGACACCUGUACUGUUGCGCGCCCAUUGGCAGCCACGCGGAGGCGGAGGCGCCGGUGAACUUUUGGGCGGUGGGCGUCGACUGCUGCGACUUGAGUGGACGCUUCGAGUGCGACGCCGCGCCCAAGCAGACGGGUGAGCCCUCCCGAGCGGGCGCUGCACGUCGCGGCGCCGAAACGCGGCACGUGCGCGCCGACAGUCUCCGGCAUGUGUGGGAAGAUAUUUGGGGAUGUGAGGCUUUGGAGGACUUUUUGGCCCAGGCAGCCAUGGUCGCGACGAAGAGCCGAGUUCCCACGUCUCCGAAGCCCGUGAUGGCUCGGCCGCGCAAAGGAAUGAACAAGGUCGUUGAGAUGAAUGACUUCUGCGCGCGCAUGGUGGUGGAUGACCUCAUCCAAAAUGCUUUGAAGGAGGAUGCCGUGGCCGCGGCGGAGGAGCUGCAGUGCGAGUCGGAGGACGAAGGCUCGGUGGUGGAAGCCUAUGAUGACUAUGAUGAGGACGAUGUGGUGAGCCUCUCAGGCGAAGCCGACUCCGAUGAAGAGGAGGUGGAGACCUUCAACAUGGUUUGCCAGGUCGCAAAACGUGCAGUCACACAAAGCCUUCACCAGGCCAAGUGGAUCAGCUCCAGCGCGCCAGUUGUCAGGCAAAUCCAGACCUUGCCGGCCGACGCGUGGCAAGCCAUCCACGCGCGCUUCCAGGUCAACUCCAUCAGCUCCAGUGCAGCAGUGGGCAGGCAAAUCCAGACCUUGCCGGCCGAAGCGUGGCAAGCCAUCCACGCGCGCUUCCAGGUGAACUCCAUCAGCUCCAGUGCAGCAGUGGGCAGGCAAAUCCAGACCUUGCCGGCCGACGCAUGGCAAGCCAUCCACGCGCGCUUCCAGGUCGCCCCGGUGGCGCCGCAGGUGGGGAUGCAUCUCAUCAAGACCUUGCCCUCCACUGCGUGGGAUGCCAUCCACCAACGCUUUCACCCCCAGGCCGCAGGCAUCGGAUCCAGGGCACCCAGGCAGAUCCAGACCUUGCCGGCCGACGCGUGGCAAGCCAUCCACGCGCGCUUCCAGGUCGCCCCGGUGCCGCAGGUGGGGAUGCAUCUCAAGACCUUGCCAUCCACUGCGUGGGAUGCCAUCCACCAACGUUUCCAGGUCUUGGGUGAAGUGAGCAGGUCUUCGAAGACUCAGCUGCCGUUCCACAUGUCUCCUUCAGUUGGGACCUGGAUGGUGCCACACUUCAAGCCUCGUGAACUUGUGAAGGAGGUGAAGGAAGAGACCGUCGCCAAGAUCGAAGUAAAGGAAGAGGUGAAGAAGACUACUCAGCCAUUGCCGUUCCACAUGUCUCCCUCCGUUGGUACCUGGAUGGUGCCACACUUCAAGCCUCGUGAUCUUGCGCCGGCGCCACCGGCUGCUCCGGCGGCGGUGGAACCCAAGGAAUCGGAGCCCGCACGGAGGAUCAGCACCGCGAAGAGUAAGCGACGCAUCAUCGGUGCCAUCGUGCCGGCCGCUCCCGCGCCCGACGCGGUCGCCCCGACGGAGAAGCGGCCGGAGAACCCGGCGCCGCCGGCGGAGAAGCGGCCGAUGAAUUGGUUCAUGGCUGGCUCGGUGUCGAAUGGCUUGCGUCAGAGAGAAGUGAUGACGUUUAACAUGGCCGAUGAAGAAGACAAGGAGGAGAAGCGCAUGAAGAGGAAGUCUAGCCUCACCAACAUGUUCCAAGCCAUGGGCUCGGCGCAGCUCAUCCGCAUGGACGUGGACGACGACGACGAGGCGACCUUCGAGAGCUUGCGAAACCGCUCGCGGCAGGGAGGAUCCGCAGGGACUUCCCCUGCAACCUCUGCCAUGGCCUUGGAUUUGGGAUUGGACAUGAAGAAGGACCGGCUCGGCAGUUCCAUGGGAGCCAGACACGGCUCGCUGGGCGCUUUGCGGAAGACGCCCUCCGCCUCGCGCCUCGUCGCGCUGCCGGCGCUGCAGAAAGGCGUGAAGCACAGAUCGAUGAAUUCGAGUCUCACACCCAAGACCGAUCCAGUGAUCAUCCUGGAUGAUCUGUCUCGGCGCCUCUCCUUUAUUGGGGAGGACCGCCAUUUUCCCACCUGGGUCUGCCUUGAAUGGGCCGUGGUCUACGUUGGAAAGGUCGAGCAGAAGGGUCGUGCAGAACGGUGUCCAGCCAUGGCUGCGUGGCUUGGAACCCUCAUCGCUCCGAGACAGUACCUGGAACCCCCAGAGGCGACCUUGGACCAUCGCCACGUUUCACUGGGCAGCCGCGCAAGCGCCACGACCAUCUCAUCUUCUCCACCGCUCUUCCACGAUGAGAAGCCGCGGGGGGGCGACCAACAGCCGCUCCUCGCGGGGAUUUACCGCUGGAAGAACCGGUCCGACAACAGGCGGGCGCUUCCCCCCGUGGUGAGCCUUUUCAGCCUGGCCAAAACACAGCCUGAGGGAUGCCCCUCACCAUCCAAGCGCUGGCGCCGCGCGGUGGCGCGGGUCUGCGCACAGAAGGCGGUUCUGCACGCCUUGGAACCUGAGCCUGCCUGGAGAGAGUGGCGGCCAUAUGUGGCGCUGUUGGUGAGUGGCUUCUUCUUCUCGCCCAUCUCCCAGGCGAUCCUCGUGACGAGCGUGGACGUGAGCCGGGCUGGGCCAGGAACGAACGCUUGGCGCAGGGCCGGCUUGCGUGCCUACUGGUGGUGGCCUUUGUUGUGGUGGAGGGGCUUGAAGGAGGUCCUUGCAAGUGCCUUGAGCCUCCGAACUCUUCCACGUUACUUAACGAGCUCCGCGCUCUUUGCGGUGCACGACGCAGUGACCCGCGGUCGCACCCACUGGGUGGAACAAGCCACGGAUGUGGGCGCGGCCAGACCCAAGCAGCCGUUCUGGCGCUGCUUCUUCGUUGAGACCUGUUGCGGCUUGCUGGGGGCGCAGCUCUCCUUGGAGUACAUGCGGGGCUCCCUCUCCUCCUUCCUCGACGGAGGCUCCUCGGCACCGAGUUGGGUCUUCCGUUGCCCCUCCAUGCUGGGACUGGGCGCCUGUGCGGCGGCGGCCCGCUCGGUGGUGGUUUCGACCGGCGGCCGGCGGCCGGGCUUGCAGUCCAUUUGCAGCUGGCUGGAGUUCUUCCUAGAGGUCGCAGCGGAGCGCCAGGGCGCCCUACACCUAGGCUAUCAUUGCCCCUUGGGCUCCUACCUGGGUGUGGUUCUCUGGGGAAUCCUGAACUUCCUCCCUUGGGGCCUCAUGGUGAUCCCCUGCAAGCGGCUGGUGGAACACAUCUUUGGGCCGGACCCCAUCGUCGCGCAGAAGGCGGCGUUGUGUCGAGUGUCAAGAGACUUGAUGCAGUCCGAGCGCGGCCGUUCUGAAUUGGCUGAAGCGCCCCAGCGUGCCCAUGAGUUCUUUGCCAGCAUGGAGAUCUCCUCUCUCUGGUGGAGGGUCCGAGCGAUUCGAGGCACACACCAGCUCCUGCGACGGCUGCAACUGCCCAUGCGCGAAGCGCUGGCAGAGCCGCCGUGCUCCGGUUGGGAUGCUGCCCAAGACCAAUUGGACGAAUUGCUGCUGCAAUUGGCGGCACGCCGGGGUGAGGAUUUGAAAGCGCUCCUUCAAGAGGAGGACGGCACAGUGAACGAGCAAUGCGUGGUCCAAGUCUUCGACUCCGCCACCGCGCCGGUGACCGUGCGUCGCAACGACAUGGUCCGUUCCGCGCUCACGCAAAUUGCGGAGCGUUCGGUUGAUGACCUGUUGCUGGGCAUCACUGCUUUGCACUUCCCUGGGCUACAGGAGACAGAGCUCACCAAUAUGCUGGGCCUUCGGGUCCAGUUCAUGGGUGAGGAUGCGGUGGAUAUGGGUGGCGUGCGCAAGGAGUUUAUGGAUUGCUUCGCGGAAGCUUUGACCAAGGAGGAGGGUGGCUCGCCUUUGUCGCUGGUGGAGCCCUUGAACCUCUUAGGUUUAGGUGCGGAUAGCACCUGGCGGCCUUUGGCCUGUGAUGAGGACGAGCGAGGCUAUCUCUGGGCUUUGGGGAGGCUCUUGGCCUUAGCCUUCCUUUACCGUUGCCCGUGUCCGAUCCAGCUCUCCCUGUUGGUCUUCAAGUGCAUCUUAGGCGUCCCUCUUCGCCCCGGCGAUGUGCGACAGCUUGAUGUGGACUUCUGGAACCACCGUGUGAGGCCGAUCCUGAAGCCCGGUGGUGUGGAGGAGAGACAAACGUCGCUCAAACACUGGGGUAUGGAUCCUUUGACCUUCACCAGCGCCGAUGGCCGGGAGCUGAUGCCCGAUGGCCACACGACCUUGGUCACCGAGCAGAACAAAGAGGACUAUGCUCAGCUGCUGUGCGAAGACUUCUUGAUCGGCUCCAUCCGCCCGGAGAUCAGCUGCCUGAUGUUGGGCUUUCACGAGUUGGUUCCUGAGGAUUUGUUGUCUGCAAGCUCCUUAGAUGCGGAGCAGCUGCGAAUGCUCAUUUGCGGUACCAACGAGUUGGACGUCGAUGAAUGGGAAGAAAACGCCAUCACUGAGGGCUCCCCAGAGGUCGUUGGCUGGUUCUUCGAUUGGCUCCGCAAGCAGUCGGCCUUGGCACGUUCCAAGAUGUUGGCCUUCGUGACGGGUUCCAGUGUGCUUCCAUGCGGCUGGCAGGGCUUGCGCGAUCCACAAGGACGAUACUUGCCCUUCCGCGUCCAAGUGGAGGGGAAUCCCAGUGCGCUUCCUUCGGCACACACCUGCACCAAUUUGCUGGUGCUGCCGCCCGUGGGCGAACGCUUCCAGUUGGAGUCAAAGCUCGCGAAGGUCCUGGAGUUUGCGGGCAGGGAGAUGUUGCUGGCCUGA